UUAAUUCCUAAUUUGCACAAAUUAUCAAUCAACGUCGCCCUUCGUAUAUAAGUGUAAAAUUUGACAUUGCGCGUUCUCGGCCAGGCUGACAGGCCACGAAUGAAAACAUCACCCUGAAAUCGCUGUGUUCUAUCUUUGACUUGCCGUAGUACAUAAGAGGACGGGUCAGUAUGCUGCGAUCUUCCUCGAGUGCAGACAACAUGUCAAUGGAGGACAAGUCGGGAGUGAAGGACAGACGGAAGUCUUCUCCGGGAGGGACCACCCCGGUGGACAGCACCAUCUUCAUCAAGCGUCAGCCCUAUACCCAAGCGGCCUUCGACAAAAUCUACCUGAAGGAGAAGAACACGGACAAACCACCCGUCUAUCAACGCGCUCUGGAAAAGGUGUCAUGUACUCCGAAGAAAGUGUUCAAGGUCUUUUCCAGCUUUUUACCGAUCAUCAAAGCAAUCCGUUACUACAAUCUCAAGGAAAAUGCCGUCACUGAUAUUCUCUCUGGAAUUACCAUCGGUAUCUUACACAUCCCACAGGCCCUGGCUUUUGGAUUACUCACCUCCGUGAAGGUGGAAAAUGGACUCUAUACAUCUGUUUGGCCGAUCAUCCUGUACGUGAUUUUUGGAACCUCUCCACACGUGUCCAUGGGAACGAGUGCUGUCAUUUGUAUUGUGACUGCAAGUGUUGUGGACAAACAAGCGGAAGUGUUCAAAGCUGCCAAUCCUACUUUAAUCUACAGUUCUCUCAACGGGUCCUCAAAUGCAACGCUUCUAGAAUGGGAGUCUAUUCCUGCGUUUAUGGAUUACAAGGAACACGUUUCCAUGACGAUAUCCCUCUUCGUCGGAGUAAUUCUUCUGGUCAUGGGAUUCCUUCGUCUUGGUUUCAUCACCGCCUACCUAUCUGAGUCGUUCUUCGCCGCUUUUACUUCAGGGGCCGCUGUCCAUAUCGCAACAAGCCAGAUUCCAGCUCUCCUGGGAAUUUCCAUUCCAAGGUAUGGUGGUGCAUUCAAGAUCGUGAAAACAUACAAAGCUAUUUUUGAAAAUAUAACGGAUGCUAAUGUUGCUGCCAUCGUAACGACGAUUAUCUGCAUCGCAUUCAUCUUCUUAAUGAAAGAAUGCGUUAACGAAAGGUUCAAGGACAAAUUGUUCAUCCCCAUUCCCGUUGAACUGAUUGUUGUAAUCAUCGCUACCCUUGCUUCUUACCUUGGAAAACUAAACGAAGAGUUCGAUCUUGCCAUUGUCGGGAAUAUUCCUUCAACUAUACCUCCACCUAUUGUACCUGACACCACUGGAGUAGCCGAUUAUUUUGUAGAUUGCUUUGUUAUCGCCAUUCUCAUCUUCGCUAACACUAUCGCUAUGGCUAAGGUUUGCGCCAAGAAGCACAACUACGAGGUAGAUGACAGCCAAGAACUGGUCGCCUACGGAAUGUGUAACUUCGUCAGCGCUUUCUUCAGAUGUUUCCCGUCCGCUGUCGCCCCACCAAGAUCUAUGGUCGCCUCAAACAUGAAUGCAAAAUCUACACUUAACGGAGCCUUCGCAGCGCUGUUGAUGAUUCUCGUCAUCAUGGCGAUGAGCGUUUUGUUCGAGCCUCUUCCCAAAGCCGCCCUCUCUUCUAUCAUCGUCGCUGCCCUCAAAGGACUCUUCAUCCAGAUGGGAGAUUGCAGGAAAUACUGGAGAAUCAACAGAAUCGACUUCGUCAUCUGGUUCUUCACUAUCGUCAGCGUGGUCUUCCUUGACAUUGACUUCGGACUCGGAAUUGGCGUCAUUGUCUCUCUGAUCACUGUUGUGUUCCAGACUCAGUUUGCUCGCGGAUACAGACUCGGCAGAAUCACCAAAGAUGGCGCAAUCGUGGAAUACAAGAGGUAUUCUGAAACAAUCGAGGAUACAGGCGUCAAGGUUUUCCGCUUCCAAGCCAACCUGUUCUUUGCCAACGCUGAAAUUUUCCGUAAUACUUUGUAUAAAUGCACGAUCAACCCACGAAAACUUCUUAAAUUCCUCAAGAAACAAGAGCGUAAAGGAGGCCUGAAAGAGAAGAAGGUGUCAACAGAUUUAACUGGAGUUACAGUUACCGGAGACCGCAAAGCUUCUCAAGUCAGCAUCAACUCAAACGGCAAGGAUACAUUCAUCAACACAGCUUCAACCGCUAAUCUCACCAAAAGCGACAACCCUGUAUUCUCUAUCUCAGACGAAAACCUUUCUCGUUCAUCUAACUAUUCAGGAAAUGGCAAUUACCAAGGUAUGCCAAGACAAAUGUCCACCGCUUCUAGCAUCAGCCAACUGGGAUACGAGGAAGACCCUGAAACUGGAGACGAGCUCGUUACACCCGAGAAAAUUCGAAUUAUGCGCAAAACUCAUCAUGUUAUCAUCGACUGCUCAAAUAUCAACUACUUGGAUGCUUCCGGUGCAAAUGUACUUGGCCACAUAUCUUCAGAGUACAAUCACGUUCAAGUCAAGGUAUUCUUGGCCGGUUGCUCCGUUGAUAUGAUUAAGACAAUGACCCAAGCGGGUGUGUUCGACAGAAUUCCAAAGGAAAACUUAUUCCUGACUGUGUACGACGCCAUUGCCGUUGCCAAGACACAGUCCAUUCGCCCACUUCCGCCCGUGGUUGAGGACUUUGAUGAUGAAGAAGCGGCGGAAGAUUCCUACAUUACAAAUAUUCAAUAAACAGCGUAGAUUUAGAGGUUCUUAAACUCCUUGUCAACUAAAUGUUGAAUAAUUGAAAUUGACAAGUAAAAAGCAUGCGGAACUCAUCCCACAACUCCUGUGAGAAUGUUUCUUGUUACAGUCAAGAGUUCGGUAGCAUCGAAAGCAAAGGGCCCCAUCUGUCAAAGCCUGCGGUCUGGAAUGCUUCGUCUCCAAUAGUAUUAGCUUUAACACUAUGACUGUGUUUAUUUACAUUAUAAUGUUUUUAUUGCUGUGUAUAGAGAUCAAAUGUAUUUGAUUGAUAUUCAAUUCAUUUUAAUAAUUCAUUUGUUACAACUCACUUCAAAAUGCAAUAUCGGAACAAAUUCGACUAUUGAUUAUUGAAUUUGUUAAACUUCCAGCUUACAAGAAAUACAGUACUUGUAUAUACAACAGUGUAACAGCAAAUACGAUUGGUUGUGUGCUAAAUUUCACGAAAAUGUAUGCGGAUAUUUUGUAAUCAGAUAUUGCAAUUCGAACAGUAUUGUGUUAUGUGAAAUUAUCAUUUAUCGUUUUUCUACAAGGGAAAUACACAAUAAAAUAUACCAAAAAACCCCAUA